CUCCAUCAUAUUAUCAGCUUCAUUCGAAAAGCUCGGCAACUUGCACGUAGGAUUAGGUUUCAAAAAACGGUCUGCGAUUGUGAUUUCAGUCGUGAUAUAGCGGUUUCGCCGCCGUCUGAGUUACCCGUGACGGCCGUAAUAGCGUCCGCGACGGCCGCAAUCACAGUAAAUCUGAAAUAAUCGAAAACGUGACCGCGACCGCAAUUUAAAACCCGGACUCCAUAGUUUUUCUAUUAAGGAACUAUCGCUAUGGAAGCUUACUCUUCUUCUGUUGCUGCUGCUUCGGGUUUCGAAGAAACACGAGGGUUGAAGGCUCCACAGGCUUCGUCAUUUCAUGGAUCACUUCAUACCGUGCGUAAGCCAUUUUCAAAGCCCUGGAAGAAGCCAAUUGCACCAUUUCCACCAACGCCGCCCAAGGUUUACGCGGUCGACCCUAGAAACUUCAGGGACUUGGUUCAGAAGCUAACCGGUGCACCUGAGUUCAUGCCCCAAACUCAUAAUCUAACGUCAACAACUCAGUUUGAGUUGCCUCAUCAUCAGCGUCUCCAAAGAGUGGCACCUCACCCUCUUCAUGUCGCAGCAUCGCCGUUGUCUAGGGUUGAAGUUUCUGCACCACUGAAUCUGUUUUCGGGAUUAGAUCAUACCAUACCCCAGCACCAGAGUUUCUCUAAUAAUUCGAUGAAUACGAUGACAUCGAAUUCACUCGGAUUGAACCUGUCGCCAUCUUCUUAUAAUUGGUGCGCUUUCCCCAUUCUCAGUCCCGGUACGCUCGCCUCCUUGGAGCAAAGCACUGUUCCUUAGAUCAUACAUCAAGCUAGCAAUCAUCAUCAACGCUUGAUUACUUUAUUAAAUAUAUGCUGAUAAUUUAGUCCUCGCUCAAGCAAGCAUAAAGAGACUACAUUCUUUUGUUAUUGUAGUUUACAUAUAUGUAGUAGAA